UUAUUAGUUAUAGUAGUUAUUUUGCCCGCCCACAUAUGCGCUAUUGUUCGUUGAGGGAAACAAAUGAUGGCUGGGGGUGGUGGACAAUUGAAGUUUCUUGACUGGUACCUGAAAAUAGCGGCCGUGUCGGCGCUCGUAGGCGCCUCCAUGGAGCUCUUCAUGAUCCACACCGGCUUCUAUGACAAGGUAACUGUGCUGGAGUCAGAAAAACGGGCAUGGGAGAGUUCCCCUGAGGCUCAAGCCAUGAAAGAAGCUCUGAAUCCCUGGAGAAGGCUUGAUGAAGAAAAAAGUAAACCAUAACAAGUUGGAAUGCAAAGUAUGAAUCAUUGACCUCUUUGACUCUGUUCCAUGCCAUCCUUGACUGGUUUAGGGCUCGUUUGAUUGGCUUUCAUAGCAUAAAAAAGGCUGAAAUUUUAACUGCAGGAAAGUUUUUUUUUUCCUACCAAGUGGGCUUCGUAAGUUUAUCAUUACCAGCAUUUGUUUUUUCUAUUAAAUGCCAAAUAAUGUACCAUUACAAACUUUGGAUGAUAUCAAACAUUGCUUUCUUAUAUUAAAAUUUAUUAAUUUUUAUUUUGUGGUACCA